AUGGCCAUCAUGAGGAAAAAGCCCACCCUCAAGCCAUGCGACAUCCACCCCGAACGGCGACGCCGAGCGCGCAGCGACUCUGAUGAUGAGGCACCGUCGCCUAGCAAGAUACAACAGAUCGGCCAAGGCUCGAUAAGGCUUGCGCAGACGUCAGGAGAUCGAAUUGAAGUCUUCGGUCUUGGCCGUACGUCAAUGGUCUCCAAGGUCAGUUUGGAAGCUAAAAGAACGCGGGUUUGGAGCAGGAAAAGCCAUAGAUCAUAUGUCUUUCAAUGGCCCCUCACCCCUGCAUCCCGUCCUUGCUUCAUCCUAGGCCUCUUAAUGUUCGCCGAGUCUUUCCGUAGACGGUUAUCUCCUUGCGCCGCCGUGGGAAGAAAAAAGCUAAAUCGCCUCCUCGACAUCAUGGCAUUCAUACUCAUCACCGUUCAUGAGAAAGACAACGCCAUCUCCCUCGAUGCUCUCAUGGACCAACAUGCUAAGGUCUAUGAAAUGGCAAUGUGCACUAAGAUACUUACGAAAAUCCCUUCCCAAAUAUUCAGCCAGUGGCUAUUCUUCUUUGGAGCUGCCUACAUGUACUCGCCCCUGUACAACAACCACUAUGCGGACUAUUGGUAG